UAUUUGUAAAGAAAUAAUAUUACAUAUAUGAUAAAUAUUUCAGCAUUUUAUCUUCAUUCUAAUAUUUGUAAAUAAAUUAAAAAUAAUAAAAUGUAGUGAAGAUUUGUACAUACAUACGAUACUAGCACAUGUAAGAAGACAGAGUGAAUACUUUGUACUACCGGUUACCUCGCUACUCGCGAAAGAGGUGCAGGUUUUCUGUAUAUUUAACCAUAAUGACUGCAUUAAGUGGUUUUAUGGAAUUUUUUCAAAAAGGGAAGGUGAAUACAUUUAGGCCAAAAAAAAAAUUUGCUCAUGGCACGUUACGAUAUUCUUUGCAUAAACAAGCACAAGCUUCAUUGAAUUCAGGAAUUAACUUGAGAUCUGUUGUGAAAUUACCACCAGGAGAAGAUCUGAACGAUUGGAUUGCAGUUCAUGUGGUAGACUUUUUUAAUAGAAUAAAUCUGAUAUAUGGUACCGUAUCUGAAUAUUGUGAUUCUGCGUCUUGUCCAACAAUGAGUGGCGGAGCUCGUUUUGAAUACUUAUGGGCAGAUGGUGAAAAAUAUAAAAAACCUACUGCAUUGCCAGCACCACAAUAUGUUAGCCUUCUUAUGGAUUGGAUUGAAGCACAAAUUAAUAAUGAAACCAUUUUUCCCGUAUCAACAGAUGUACCAUUUCCAAAAACAUUUGUACCACUCUGUAGGAAAAUUCUGACACGUUUGUUCAGAGUUUUUGUCCAUGUCUAUAUACAUCAUUUUGAUCGUAUUGUAGCAAUAGGAGCAGAAGCACAUGUAAAUACAUGUUACAAACACUUUUACUAUUUUGUAACAGAAUUUGAAUUAAUAAAUACAAAAGAAUUGGAACCAUUGGCUGAAAUGACUGCUAAAGUUUGCAAGGAUACUGCAUCACCAACACAAGCAACAGCACCAGCAAGUAAUGCCAGAUAGUUGUAAGCUUAAUAAAUGCAUGAAGUCAUAACCAAAUUAGAAUGAAACAAAUUUGCUUUAAU